UAGUACUGCUACCUACCCUCAGAAGACUGCAGCCAGUGACCGCUCCGGCCCCAACCACAGCUGCUACACUCCUCUUCCGCCACCUCUCCGCGUCCAACUGUUCUCAAACAUCUCGUGGUUGCACGCCGUUACUUACUUGGGCUGAAGUCUAUCGAACGCUGCGCCCAUUCACAAUCCACCAACAUGCCUCCCAAAGACCGUAACGUGGACAUAGCAGAACUUCGCUUAAGGUCCAGACAGGAUUACCUCGCGAAACGCGAAGCGGAACAGCUUGCCCUACUCCGGAGACAGGUGGCGGAAGAGGCAGAAGAAGAGCGCACAAAUCCACGCCUCACAAAAGCAGAGCUCAGGGAAUUCUCGCGGAAUCGGGAGACUCUGAGACUUGCGGAAGAGAGGGCUUCAAUAGAUGAUGGGAAGACGGGAUACAUACUCCCCGAUGCGGACUACAGUAAUAAGCAUGAGGUGCUGACUCGGAAACACAAGGAGGAAUAUGUGUCGGAAGUCCAGCAGUGGGAGAAUGAACAGACGGCGAAGGUGAAAUCGCAGAUAAAGCGGCCGGAGAGAGUAAACGACGAUCAUUACGAGUUCGUCUUUGACGAGGCCAGCGCUAUAAAGUGGGUUACGGAUGGGGUGAAUCGCGUCGAUCCACAGAAGCUCCAGCUUCAGCAGAUGCUAGAUGCAGCAGAGAGGAAAGCCAAAACUAUUGAGGAGACGAGGAAGUCCCUCCCGAUGUACCAAUAUCGAGAAGAAAUCCUUGCUGCAAUAGCCGAACAUCAGUUCCUUGUUGUCGUUGCUGAAACCGGAAGUGGAAAGACAACGCAAUUGCCCCAGUACCUCUAUGAGGUGGGCCGCCUCGGUGUGGACAAAAAACUAGCAUUUACGACAAUAUUCCAGAUCCACCUCUCUCAGCCGCGCGGUGACAUUCUUGUCUUUCUUACGGGCCAGGAUGAAAUUGAAAUGUGUGAGAUGCAACUGCAGGACACCUCAAGGAAACUGCGCGGAAAAGGUGGGGAGCUCAUCAUCUGCCCUAUAUAUGCAAAUCUGCCCACAGAUCUGCAAGCGAAAGCGUUCAUGGAGACUCCUCCGGGCGCAAGGAAAGUUGUCCUUGCCACGAAUAUUGCUGAGACGAGUAUUACGAUUGACGGAAUCGCCUACGUGAUCGACCCUGGCUACGUCAAGGAGAACGUCUACAAUGCACGCACGGGAAUGGAAUCGCUGGUGAUAACACCGUGCUCUCGCGCCUCAGCAAAUCAAAGAGCAGGUCGCGCCGGCCGUACAGGCCCAGGCAAGGCGUUCCGUCUGUACACGAAGCACGCCUUCUACUCCGAGCUCGAGGCGAAUACAACGCCGGAAAUACAGCGCGUGAACCUCAACUCGACAGUCCUGCUCCUCAAGUCGUUAGGCAUCAACGAUCUCAUAAACUUCGACUUCAUGGACCCCCCAUCCACAGACACGCUCAUCAAAAACCUCGAGAACCUGUACGCCCUCGCCGCUCUCGACGAGCGCGGCAGCCUCACCAAGAUCGGCCGCCAGAUGGCAGAAUUUCCCGCCGACCCCUCCCUCUCCAAGGCCAUCCUCGCCGCCAACAAAUACGGAUGCGUCGAGGAAGUCCUCUCCAUCGUCUCCCUCAUCUCCGAAUCCGCCUCUCUCUGGUUCCGCCCAAAGGACAAGCGCGUCCACGCCGACGCCGCGCGCAACCGCUUCAUCGACAAGGAAGGCGACCACCUCACCUACCUCAAAGUCUGGAACGAAUGGGUCGACAACGACUACUCGCCGCAAUGGGCCCAGUCCAAUUUCCUGCAGCAGCGCAGCCUCCAACGCGCCCGCGACGUGCGCGACCAACUCGUCAAGCUGUGCGAGCGCGUCGAGGUCGAAAUCUCCAGCGCGCCAAACGACCACGUCAAGAUCCGCAAGGCGAUCCUGAGCGGGUACUUCCAGAAUGCGGCGCGCCUAAAUCGCGACGGCCAGAGCUACACCACCCUGGGCAACGCGCGCAUGAGCGUGUAUUUGCAUCCUUCGUCGGUGUUGCGCGAGUCGAGGCCCAAGCUGGUGUGCUUCCAUGAGCUGGUGCUCACGAGCAAGGAGUAUAUGCGGAAUGCGAUGCCGAUUGAGCCCGAGUGGCUCGAAGAGGUGGCGCCGCAUAUGUAUAAGAAGGAGGACAUUGAGAAGUUGGGGGUGGGGAGGAAGAUGCCCAAGGGGCAUACUAGGGCGGCGUGAGGGAGGGGGCCUCGUGUGGUUUGUGAAGGAAAGGAUAUCAGGCAAAGGACAUGAAUGACGUUGUCUGCACUCGAGCCUUAAUCUUCUAGCAGCUAGGAGUCG